UGGCACAUCCCAGGUGGCAGAUGUGACCCGAGUGCCCUGAUACUCCAUCUCUGUGGGCAGAGGGCUCUGCAGUGGGCAGAAAAUGAAGUAAAGAAGUGCCGUUUCCAUGGUGAUGACCCAGUCCAGGGAGGGAACUCCUGCCAGGACACACUGGCUGCAGCAGAGGACAGGGAAAGAGGGGAAAGACGAUCGACGACCAGCAAGGACUCCCAGCGGAAGAAGGAUAUUGGCCUUCACGGCACAGAUCUUCUCCUGUUGGUCUUUGACCUGCUGCUCCAGCUCGGCCAGCUCUGCCUUCAGCGGCUCCACAGCGCAGUCCGUGAUGCUGAUAGGAAAUGGGGCGGCGUGUCAGUCUCAGGGCCCAACACACACCACUUCUUAACAGACACCAUGGACAGCAAGAGAACACCGACCUCCUCCAGAGAGAAAAGGGCACAGUGCAAACUUCCUCGGUGCCUCCGCGUGCUGCCUGUUCUCGCCGUGCCACAGCUGCAGCUCGUGCUGCAUGGCGUCCACGUCCUCCUGCAGCCAGGGCGCCAGAAAGAAAAAGAAGCAUCCUCAGACCUGCGGCAGGGCAGGACGGCUCCAAGCAGGGAAACCGGUGCUCCUAGGAUAUGGAGCCGCUGGGCCAAGCCGCCCAUCAGGAGACAAGGUCUGCCUGGCAAUCCCAGUAAGCGGACUUGCUGCUGCCAUGGUCACAAGAGCUCCCAGCAUGGACAUUUUCCCAGGACUGGCCGAGGGGGCCUGACCCUGCCAUUAUCUCACUAAAAAAGAGGUAAUGGCUACAGAAGUGCUCUUAGCUUUUUUUUGGAGGUGCUGCAGAUCGAACCCAGGGACUCUACCACUGAGCUACAUUCCCCAGACACCCCCAACACACACAACUAUUUCUCUGGAGUUUG